AUGAACAGUAUACGAGAGGAGCAUUCUCUAGACGUGAACCAGUGUACUUUGUGGAGCGAUUCCAAGACAGUGGUCAGGUGGAUUAGGAGCGAACAUCGUCGCUACAAACCGUUCGUUCAGCACAGGAUAGCGGAAAUAUUGGCCGCUACCAACUCAUCAAACUGGAAGUGGUUACCAACUGAACUCAAUGUCGCCGACGAAGCUACACGCGCGAACAAUCGCCUUGAUUUCCGAGCAACAGCCCGUUGGUCAUGUGGUCCGACAUUUUUGCAUCAGCCGCAGCAGUAUUGGCCUAACAACAACACCGUGGUACCCAGCGAAGACGAGCAUGAUGAANCGCAGCAGUAUUGGCCUAACGACAACACCGUGGUACCCAGCGAAGACGAGCAUGAUGAAGAACUACGCCCUAAAUACGCUCUGGUAAUCGUUAACUAUAAUAUAAUUGAUUUUAAACGUUUUUCUUCCUUGACAAAACUGGUGAGAGUUGCAGCCUGGGUAUUGCGCUUUAUGGACACUUGCCGUCUCCGUGUUCAGGCAGACAGUCGAUAUGGGUUGACUGCGCGAGAAGUCGAACUUGCCAAGAAGCUAUUGUGCCGCCUUGUUCAACGGGAGGUAUUCGCUGCAGAACUUCAGCAGAUACAGAACGGCCAAAAUAUCGCACGUAACAGCGCGCUGCUACAGCUCUCGCCAUAUAUAGACGAAGAUGGUGUGCUCCGCGUGAAUGGUCGCAUCGACGCCGCCAGCUGGCUGCCCAUAAGCUCUAAACACCCCAUCAUAUUUCCGCCAAAGCACUACUUCGCGAAACUGGUUGUGAUGCACUACCAUAAAGUUAUGCGGCACCAGAAUACUGAGGCUACAAUAUGCCAGAUACGACGCCUCUAUUGGAUCCCACAACUACGAACUUUGCUACGCAGCGUAAUCACGCACUGUUUGGAGUGCCGCUUGAGAAAGGUACAGCCUGAACCGCCUCAAAUGGCGCCGCUACAAAUUAACAGGCCCACGCCGUAUAUAAGGUCAUUUAGCUAUACGGGACUAGACUGCACGGGACUAGGUGCACUUAGAGCUGGCCCAUGA